GUUUGCGUCACUCACUUUCAGUUUCAGAGACAUCUGAAGUGUCUACUGAAAAUUGAAAAACCUCACAGCUUACGGUCUGAACAAAAUGCUCUUGGUUCUGAUUCCUGCCUCCUGAGCGAAACAUCAACCAGAAAACAUCCUAAGUAAACUACAAAACACCAGCAGAACCAUGUUAAAUCAAGACACAUCAGCAUUUCAUCCUAUAUAUUUGGUUCUUUUUAUCUCUGUUGGAUUGAACAUAUUUUUAGUGUAUUCUGGACACUUAAGCCCUUAUUAUAACACAUUGCCAUACACCACGACUUGUACAACUUUGAAAGAGAAGCCUCUGGAAAACAGUACUAUCCUGCUCAUAUGGAUUUGGCCAUUUGGAAGAAAAUUUGAUUUAAAUUCUUGCAGUGAAAAAUUUAAUAUAGAUGGCUGUCACUUGACUGUAGAUCGAGAGCUUUAUGAUGAGGCCCAUGGAGUACUGAUAAAUCACAGAGACAUUAAAAAUGACCUGUCAAAUUUACCCACAAAGCCACGACCUUUCUUCCAGAAAUGGAUAUGGAUGCACUUUGAGUCCCCAGAAAACACAAGACGACUCGACGGUCUGGAUAACCUGUUUAAUGUGACGCUGAAUUACAGACGGGAUGCUGAUAUUGUGCUCCGUGAACAAUUUAUUUUUAAAAGUAAAGAUACUGAGGAUAAGAUUUUCCCACGAGUUCUGGACAAAAAGGAUAAAUUAGUUUGCUGGAUAGUGAGCAACUGGAAUGAGAGGCAUGAACGGGUAGCUUAUUUUAAUGAGCUAAAAAAACACAUUGACAUUUUUGCUCUUGGGAGACAUUUUGGGAAACCAUUAAGUGAUACACAGUACAAGGAAACAUUAACUAGAUGUAAGUUCUAUCUGUCAUUUGAGAACACAAACCUUCACUACGACUACAUCACAGAAAAGCUGUUCAAUCCUCUCAAUCUCGGAUCAGUGCCGGUGGCUCUUGGGGCUCCAAGAUACAUAUAUGAGAGAUUUGUGCCUAAAGAUGCUUUCAUCCACGUGAAGGAUUUCUCCAGCCCUCAGAAACUGGCUGAACACCUGCUGUCACUGGACAAGAAUGUUGACGAAUACAAAAAGUAUUUUCAGUGGAGAAAACACUUUGAAAUUAAACUUGUUAGCUAUCCUGAAGAGCAUGCCUGCCGUGCCUGUCAGUACAUAAGAACAAAAAAAGACUACCAGGUUUUUAAAAACCUUAACAAUUGGUACUGGGAUGCCAUCAAUGAUGGGACCUAAAUGGGAUGGGUUUUGCAUUUGAGUUGUUACAAUGGUCGAAUAUGUCCUUUCUAUGAAAUAAUUGGUGGUGCUAUUGCCAAGAUGGUUGAUCAAAUCCAGUAAAUAUUACCACUAAAGGGAGUGGAAUUACAAUCCUCUCAUUGCUUCCAUUAUUGUUUUCUAUGAUAAGUGUCUGUGAUUGACAUCUAAAACCCAAUUUAUACUUCAGCAUAGAAUGAUUGCUGUAUCCUACUACACACCCUAUGAAUGUAGCUGAUGCUGUUGUGAGAAUUUAUAAUUCAGUGGUUCGACUUCUAAAACACGUAUUUAGCAAUGGGAUUUCUGUGCUCCAACCGGUGGAUUUGUGUGGAAUGCUCAUGUAAAAGUGGUUUAAACUUGCACUCAUUCAGGAAUGAAAGUACCAAUAACCAGUAAAAGUUUAGCAUAUUUAAUCAUGAAAUAAAUUCAAACUAAAAGUAUUCAUCUACAAAAGCUGUGCCCUUGAUUAAACCUACCUGUCUUUAAUUAGCAAGUGCUCCUUCAGAUCCUACUAAAGCUGUGGUCACACUAGAGUUUGUGCUUGUGAAAUUCUGUUGUACAACGCUGCAAAAAGUGGCGGGAUAAAACAACAUUGAUGAAGCAAGCGAUUGCUCCAUAUUUUAAAUUUCUGUACAGAGAGAUUUCUUUUGAUCUUCCAUUGGUCUCAUACAGUCACGUGAUAUGAUUUUGCACAUCAGAGUUUACCAAGCUUGAACAUCUAAAUGUGCAAUCUGCCGCAUUCGCAUGUGUAUGAAUGGAGCGAAAUGUGUAGUGUGACCGCGGCUUCAGUUGGUUUAGUUGCCGGCAGAUAGCUCUCUGCAACUCUCACAUGUUUGUUCACUGAAGCUAAGCAGGGUUGCACUCUGUCAUUACCUGGAUGAGAGACCACAUGGGAAAGCUAGGUUGCUGCCGGUGAAUUAGUUAGACCAACAGGGGGGCGCUCAACCUGUGGUCUGUGUGGGUCCUAAUGCCCCAGUAUGUUGAUGGGGAAUCUAGCGCCGUCCUUCGGAUGAGACGUUAAAUCUUGACUCCUGACUCUCUGUGGUCAUUAAAAAUCCCACUUUGUCCACUGGCCUCUGUUCAGCAUGGCCUCCUAACCAUCCCCAUACCAUAAUUGGUCUCCUCUCCACCAAUCAGCUGGUGUGUGGUGUGCAGUCUGGUGCAAUAUGGCCAUCAAUAUGACAUCACGUCAUCCAGGUGGAUGCUGCACACUGGUGGUGGAUGAAGAGAUUCCCCCCAAAAAUGUGUAAAAGCAAUUUGAGUGUCCAGAAAAGGGCUAUAUAGAUGUAAGGAAUUAUUAUUAUUAUUAGCUGUUGUUGUUUUUGAUCAGGGUUGGAGCUGAACUCUACUGGAAAGUAGAUCUCCAGGAACAGGAUUGGGCGCCCCUGAUCUAGAAUACCUCUGUGUGAGUUAUCACUUAAUAAACCCUCACUCCCACCCCGCCCACAUUUUCACAGGUGUACUAAGCCAGCCAACCAUAGGUCUUGUCAUUGUGAUGUGUAAUUACAUUUUUGAGAGGAGUAUGACGAAGGUUAUGUAACUGUGUAAAGGCUACAUGUCAACCACCUGCACUCAACAUAGAAGUAUAAAUUAGUCUUUAAGGGACAGUUCACUUAAAAAGUCAAAUGAUUUUAUUUACUCAAUCAUGGCUGGUUUUAAACCUUCUUUUUUCUUGCUUUUGUCAUAACAAUUUCAAAUAGAUAGACUCUUAAUGAUCAAAAGACAAAGUCUGACAAGGUUUUCUUACAAAAAGAUUUUAUUCUUUGAAAAGAAUAGGUCCGACAGUCAUACAGGAACAACAGUUGCUGCAGAAUGUGACACACAGGCUAAACAGACACUAGGUUUUUAUCUUCUUUCCCCUGCUUCAAGGCCAACUUUGUCACAGCUGACAUCCAGUUCUCUUUAGAGCAUUAGAUUUUAGAGCCAGGGUUUACACUUAUUGAAUAGAUAUGUUUAAAAUCAGAUGACCACCUUCUGAAUGACCCUUCUUAUAAAAUUUGUUUUGUAUCAUCUUAUCAUCGUAUCAUCUUUAUAGCAAAGGUCUCAAACUCGAUUCCUGGAGGGCCGCAGCUCUGCACAGUUUUGCUUCAACCCUUAUUAAACACAGCUGAUCAAGGUGUUCAAGACUACUAGAGACUAUUGAAGUCUGAUUUAUACUUUUGCCCAGUGCUGCGUCGUAGACCUCCACUGAGUACGUGCACACCUCAUGAAACGGACAAGGAUUUUAUACUUGAUGUGUUUGCCGUUGAGAUAUUCUUUAAUAUGACAGGAGGAGGUAAAAAGAAACUGAAUUAAAAUAAAAAAGUAAAAUCAGAUGGAUAAACAGAGAAGUAGAAAGUUUCCGGAACUAUAUCAUAUCAUUAAUAUCAUUCAAGAUUAACUAAUUAUUUUUAUUAUUUUUAUAAAUUAUUUUAAUGAUUAUAAAGAUUUUAGUAACCAUUCAAGAUUUUUAAAAU